UAUUUUUUUUGUUUUAUUGUUUAUGGGCCCAAGAAGACCUGAAGUUGAAUAUAUUUCAUUAAGAAAAUUGACUUGGCAAAAGCAAAGAGGACCUGACCAAGCUACUCAAGAAGGCUACAAAUGUCUUCAAAAACUCGCCAACGCUGCUUUGAAGAAUGGGCCUUUCAGUAUCACAUUUGAUAAAGCUGCUCCUCAUCUCGCUCCCUCGGGUGACUGUCGCGAUUUUCUAUCUUAUGCACCUUACUGGUGGCCAGAAAAUCCCAAUGACCCAAACACAAAAUACGUCAGAAGAGACGGAAAAAGAAAUCCAGAUAUAGGUUCAGUCAAAGAUCAAGCUCAAUUAGAGUCCUUUGCUGAGAACUUUAUGUUUUUAUGUCUGGGAUAUCAUUUCUUUAACAAUAGAAAUUAUGCUGAUCACGCCGUUUUGUUGCUAAAUACCUUCUUUGUGGAUGAAAAGACACGCAUGAAUCCUCAUCUUGAGUAUGCUCAACUCGUUCGAGGCUCUCAAAACCGUACACGCAUGGGCCGUUGUGAAGGUGUCAUUAGUUCACGCAGUUUAUCACGUAUUGCAAAUUGCUUGCCUCUUUUGGAAUCAGUAGAUGCCUACAAUACAGUCAAACCCUAUGUCUAUGCCUGGUUUAAUGCAUAUCUACAAUGGCUCAAGACAUGUACUAUAGCUCUAGAAGCAACAAAGGCAUCUAAUAAUAUUCAUACUUGGUAUAUUGUUCAAAUCAGUGCUAUUGAGCAUUUGCUGUAUCCCCCUCAUGUUGUCUAUAAUACACUGGUGAAUUAUUUUACACACAAACUAACUAAUCAAGUCGAUAGCAAGACAGGCGAUCAACCUUCUGAAUCAAAGCGGGCAAAACCUUUUCACUAUCUAGUAUUUAAUAUACAAGCUGUCAUGUUUCUUGCAGAAUUGGCUUUGGAUAUUGGUAUGAAUGUCUAUCAAACUCAGCCAUUGAUUCAUUUGGCUAUAAAGCAUAUUACUACAUUUGCUCAUUCUUCAGAUCUAAAAGAUGACAUUACAGAAGCGAUUCGAUGUGUUGAAAUAACAUGGAAAGGCAUAGGCAAUGACACUGAUCAUUGCUGCAAAUCUUUCCUUGAUAUAGCCUAUCAUUGCAAAUACGCUGAAAAGAUCAAUGGUCCUAAAAAUGCAAUUCAUGUUCUUUGGUCUUGAUUAUUCUUGUAAACAUGAGUUAUGAAAUAAAUC